CGUGAUCAAGUGUGAUGCAUCGGACAACGACAUCAUUACUGGUAUAAAAAGAAAAUCCAAAAAUAACAAUGAUGUGAAUAGCAAUCCAUUAUUUAAGAAAGAAUCAGCAAACCAUCUCGAAAAUAUCCAUCUUGAGAAUACAAAAACAACAGAUUCUGGUGGCGUUAUUGUACUUUCGAAUAAAUCCCAAGUCAAUAAAAAUAAUUCUUCAACUGCAAUUAAAGGAACGACAUCACUGGAAACGGAAACGCGUAACUGUAAAUUUGGUAACACUACUCCAAGAACACCUUGA